GUUAUCAGCAGAAUCUGUGCCGCCCAGAGUUAGGCUUUUUCACUCCCAACGCCCUGCAAAGAAACAGGAGUGCUAAUCCCGACAAGGCUCCAGGGUUUGUUACCUCAGAAAAUUUACUGCAUCUUUCUGAACCUCAAUUACCUCAUCUCUCAUCUGCACAUGAGAGUAAUAAUAGUACUUACCUCUUAUGAUGGCUGUGAGAAUGACAUUGGAUAAAUUCAUGUGAAAAAUUUCAUUGCAGAUUCUGGAGUGCAUUGCUGAUAGUCACAUCAUGGAGGGAUUAUAAUUCCACGGCUUACCUUGAUGAGUAUACUGAAAUAUUCAAGAUGGGUAGCAACAGUACCAGCAAUGCUGAGACUGACUGCAAUGCUACUAAUGUGACAUUUCAGAACUCCCUUUAUGCAACUACCUACAUCCUCAUAUUCAUCCCCGGUCUUUUGGCCAAUAGUGCAGCCUUGUGGGUUCUGUGCCGCUUCAUCAGCAAGAAAAAUAAAGCCAUCAUUUUCAUGAUCAACCUCUCUGUGGCUGAUCUUGCUCAUGUGCUGUCUUUACCUCUCCGGAUUUACUAUUACAUCAGCCACCACUGGCCCUUCCCGAAGGCCCUUUGCCUGCUGUGCUUCUACCUGAAGUAUCUCAACAUGUAUGCCAGCAUUUGUUUCCUGACGUGCAUCAGCCUUCAGAGAUGUUUUUUUCUCCUCCAGCCCUUUAGGGCCAGAGACUGGAAGCGUAGGUAUGAUGUAGGCAUCAGUGCUGCCAUCUGGAUCAUCGUGGGAACAGCCUGCUUGCCAUUUCCCCUUCUGAGAAGCACCUACUCAUCCAACAACAAUCAGUCCUGUUUUGCUGAUCUUGGUUACAAGAAAAUGAAUACAGUGGCUUUGGUUGGAAUGAUUACAGUUGCUGAGCUGGCAGGAUUUGUGUUCCCAGUAGUUAUCAUCGCAUGGUGUACCUGGAAAACGACUAUAUCCUUGAGGCAGCCACCAAUGGCUUUCCAAGGAAUCAGUGAGAGGCAGAAAGCACUGCGGAUGGUUUUUAUGUGUGCUGCAGUCUUUUUCAUCUGCUUCACUCCUUAUCAUAUUAACUUUAUUUUUUACACUAUGGUGAAGGAAACCAUCAUUAGCAGUUGUCCUAUUGUCCAAAGCACACUGUAUUUCCACCCCUUUUGUCUAUGCCUUGCAAGUCUCUGUUGUCUUUUGGAUCCCAUUCUGUAUUAUUUCAUGGCCUCAGAGUUUCGUGACCAACUAUCUCGCCAUGGCAACUCUGUGACCCGUUCCCGCCUUAUGAGCAGGGAGAGUGGUUCAUCAAUGAUUAGCUAAAAAUAAAAUACCUUUUCAAUUGUGACUUUAGCUAUGUUUUCUAGCUUUUUCCAAAGGCCAGAAUGACCAGCCAGACAAUUUGUUUAAGAAAUUUGUGAACAAUGGAAAUUUUCUUUUGUGAUAACUUGUGGUCACAAGGAUGUAAUGGUGGAGGCAGAGUGUAAGAAAUGUGGGAGAGGAAGAAAGGAUAAAGUUUGCUUGUUUUCUCUUUGAAAUUCAAGAUACUUUCUUAGACCUAGAUCAAGUUUUUACAGAUGUUUUCAACCAAAUGGAGAUUGUAUAUUUUAUCUUAAACAUUACUUCAAUAAAUAUAUUGUUAAUAAGAUACAAUAAAUACAUGAAUCUUUUCCAAGAUAUAAAAGUAAAUUUCUAUUAUAUUAAAACUUUUAUUUGUGAAUGAGAGUAAAAUUCGUCAAUCUUUUUAAGAGAUAAAUAAAUGCACAGGCAAAGGGGGAGUGACAAUUGAGGCAAUGUGUGCAUAAAUUUUUAGGGCCACAAACCUAUUACUGAAUAAAGGGCAUAGAAAUUUGUUCACUCACUAAAAAUGUAUUGAAUACCUAUUGUAUUCUGGGUUACCAGAAUUUCAUGGGUACUUUCACAAUUUAGCAUCUCAUCUGGUCCUUUUUUAAAAAAGUUUUAAUGUUUAUUCAUUUUUGAGAGAGAGACAGAGUGUGAGCAGAGGAGAGGUGGGGGCGGGGGGGUGGGAUACAGAAUCUGAAGCAGGCUCCAGGCUCUGAGCUGUCAGCACAGAGCUCAACAUGGACUCAAAUCCACAAACCAUGAGAUCAUGUCCUGAACCAAAGUCGGAGGCUUAACCAACUGAGCCACCAGCCUCCCCUCAUCUGGACCUUCUAAUAAAUUUGUGGAAGUUUCCAAUACAAGUGAAUAAAUAGAAUCUCAGAGAGGUGAAAUAACUUGCUUGAAUAUAAACACUGGUGAGCCAAAAAUUUUUCUUGUAUACACAAUAUAUACUUAAUUUAUUCCUUCUAUUUUUGUUGCUACUUUUACUAGCUCAAUAUUAAACUUUACGUUAAAGGUGAAGACACAGACCAAAGCUAAACUGCAUGAGACCAAGACCAUUUGUACACAUUUUGCUUGAUAUUAUCUGAAAAGUCUGGGUUAUUGGUAUGGCAUAUCAUGCUUCAAGCUACAAAGUAUCAAAUGAUAGAUAGGUUGUUCUAAUACUGUCCCAAUCUACAGUCUUAAUGACCAGGGAUAUGACACAAAUAGCUCAUUCUUUCCUACUAAAUAUAUUUUAGGUCUUAAUGUAUGUCAUACAAAACCCAUAAAGAGAUGAAAUAAGGUUAUAAAGCUGAUAGAUAUAGAAAUUCCUUAUAUAUAUGGGUUUUAUUGGAUAUAUCAUUUGCAAAUAACUUCUGCUAUUCAGUACAUUGCUUUUUUUGUUUUGUUUAUGGUUUAUUUCACUGUUCAAAAUCUCUUUUAUUUUCAUGUAGUCCCAAGAGUUUAUUUUGGUUUUUGUUUCCCUUGCCUUAGUUGACAUAUCUAUAAAAAUGUUGCUAUGAGGGGAGUAGCCAAAAAAAAAAAGAAAAAAGCUGAGAGAUGAACAUCUUGUGAAAUUUAGAUAUUUUGGGAAAUUUUUGGAAUGUUUGUCUUAUUAAACAUUACUGUACAACACUCUGAACAAAUUUAUGUUUAUUGAGAAAAUUCUCUGUGAGUAGAGCUCACAGAAUUUUAUUAGCAACCGAAAAUAUUAUCACAUAAUAAAUGAAUGGGAGAGAAAUAUGUGUCCUCUUUCUGUCAA